AUGGGGCCUCAGCCGGGUCAGCAGCCGUCUCCCGAGCAAUUACGCCAGAUGCAAGCGCAGCUCGCGGCAGAAGCGCAGAGACACGGAAUGUCUGUACAGCAGUACGUGGAGCAGCUCAAGGCGCAGGCGAUGCGUCAACACCAGAUGCAGCAGCAGCAACAGCAACAGGCCGCCCAGCAGGCGGCGCGGGAGCAGAAUCAACAACAGCAGCCAAUCCAGCCAGGCCCUCCUAAACCUGAGGCUCUUGCCGUCGCGAACUUCUUGCGGAGCCAGGAUCUCAAAAGCCGGACAUGCAUCUUUCAAGAAAAGCGCAAAGACAUGUUCAAAGUAAAACGCGCCCUCCGCGCCCUCCAAUCCCCCGCCUACGAGAAAGCCUGCAAAAAGAACUCCCUCCUCCCCCACGUAACCGAUCGCGCCUCCGCCGAAAGCACCUUCAAGCUCCUCCCUCUCUCCCUCCUCGCGCUGCGCGUCCAGAAGUCCGACCCGCACGAAGGCCACGACCACGCGCCUGCCAAGAAAACAAAGCGCACCAAGGGCCUCUGGACCGUCACGAUUGUGCAGCAGCAAGACACCGACGACGCGUACCACUACAUGUGGAUGUACGAGCCGUCGGACUGGAAGACGAAGCUCUAUGCCGUUGGCGCGCUGGCGGCUGUGUUUGCGGUUGUGCUGUUUCCGCUGUGGCCGCUUAUGCUGAGGCAGGGGGUGUGGUAUCUGUCGAUGGGGUGUCUGGGGCUGCUGGGCCUGUUUUUCGCGAUGGCGAUAUUCAGGCUCAUUUUGUUCUGCGUGACGGUGUUUACGACGCCGCCGGGGCUAUGGCUGUAUCCGAACCUGUUCGAGGACGUGGGGUUCUUUGAUUCGUUUAGGCCGGUGUGGGCGUGGCAUGAGUCGACAGAAGAGAUCAAAGCCAAAGCCCGCUCCAAGAAGGAGGCCAAAAAGGCCCGCCGCGCCGCCGCAGACGCUGACGGCAAACCCUCCAAAUCCAAGAUCUCGAGACCCGUCACUGCGACUCACACGCACGCAGCGCCCGAGCACGCAGCGGUACCCAAGCACGCAGCAGUAUCCGACGAUGUAGGCGGAUCUGAUGUCGCGACUGCAGGAAGCACAACAGGCGCAAGGACGGUGUCGCCGGAGGGAGAUGGAGAAGGGAUGGUGCAGCGGAGGGGGAUCCAGGCGAGCGUUGAGGAAGCAGAAGAGUAG